UCGCGACCCUCCCUACUCUUUGGCUCAGAAUCACACACUCCCCGUCUCUCUCUGAAGAAGAAGAAGAAGAAGAAAGAAGCGAUGGCCACCGCGAGAGUGCUCGCCGUCUCCAACAGUUCGUGCCUGCUGACCAAGACGACGUCGUUCUUGGCGAAGCAGAGGCCGUACAGGAACAAUCUCCGCUUCACUACUACUAGAAGAGACGCGGCAGCGCCGUCAUUGUCGUCGCGGAGGAGGUCCUUAACUUGCAGGGCUAUCUACAACCCCGAGGUUCAGAUCAAGGAGGAAGGCCUCCCCGAAACCCUAGACUACCGCGUCUUCCUCGUUGACCGCUCCGGCCAGAAGGUUUCACCUUGGCAUGAUGUACCUCUGCGCUCGGGCGAUGGUGCAUUCCACUUUAUUGUUGAGAUACCCAAAGAAUCGAGUGCAAAGAUGGAGGUUGCUACUGAUGAGCCAAACACUCCCAUUAAGCAGGAUACAAAGAAAGGAAAACUUCGUUACUACCCCUACAAUAUAAACUGGAAUUAUGGAUUGCUUCCACAAACAUGGGAAGACCCAUCCCUUGCCAACUCUGAAGUGGAUGGAGCAUUUGGUGAUAAUGAUCCAGUUGAUGUUGUUGAGAUUGGCGAAAGUCGGAGAAAGGUUGGCGAAAUUCUCAAAGUAAAACCCUUGGCUGCUUUAGCUAUGAUUGAUGAAGGGGAACUUGACUGGAAAAUAGUUGCAAUUUCAUUGGAUGAUCCAAAAUCUUCUCUGGUUAAUGACAUUGAUGACGUUGAGAAGCAUUUCCCGGGGACUCUCACUGCAAUAAGGGACUGGUUUAGAGACUACAAGAUCCCUGAUGGAAAGCCUGCUAACAAGUUUGGUCUUGGAAACAAGCCAGCCAACAAGGAUUAUGCUCUCAAGGUCAUAACUGAAACCAAUGAAUCAUGGGCUAAACUCGUCAAGAGAUCAAUUCCUGCUGGAGAUCUGUCCCUUGUCUAGAUUCAGGUGUUAUUGUUUAUAGCCUCUUUGAUCCAUUAGAGAUUUUCCUUUGGCGAGCACUCUGAGGAGUCAUGUUAUUUAUAUGAAUGUUACAUCAAUGCCAAUUUUUUUCGCCAUUGAGCUGGAAUAAUCCCCUAGUGUCUGCAGUAAUAGGUCAUAUGAUUGUAAUUAAAUCAAUAAUUUUGUUUCAAUAAUGAACUAAUGCGGGAAUCACUGUUUUGCAUAAA